UGUACUAUGGAGUUGAAACAACAAACACAACGAAUAUCCUUUAAAAUCAAGCACAAAUCAGAGAAAAAAUCAAAUCAAUCAUCGAAAGCUAGAGCUCACAACAAUGUCAAUGAAUGUUAGAGAGAGAGAGGGUAGAGAGAGCGUGAUUGUUGUGUUGGUUGGAACUAGGGUUUCCACGGAGAAGAGUGGAGUGGCGGCGCUCAGGUGCGCUCUGCGUGACGUUGUACGGACGAACGAUGAAGUUUUGGUUCUGAUUAUGAUGGAUUCGGAGGGGGAUGCAUCGACGCCGUUGAAUGCCGCAGGUGGUUGUUGUUGUAUGGGAGAUGAACGGUCUGAUCAAUCUAUAUGUGAGGAAAGCGAUUCGUAUAUCAAUUUUGUACAUGAAGAGAUCAAUCAGAGAAAGGAAUUUUACAGGCAGAUCUUUAGACCUUAUUAUGAUAGAUGCAAAAGCAUUGGAGUUAAGUUUCAGGUGAAGAUAGCCACCGGCUUCGAACCACAGGCCUUGGUAGUGGAAGAGGCAAACAUCGAUGCCACUUGGAUUGUCAUGGACAGCUGCAAGACUACCCAGUAA